UCAAGAUGUAGUCCAGGAUGUAAUUGUUUCUGGACCGGUUAUUGUUACGGCUGCAAAAAUGGUUAUUAUAUCAAUGAUAACAAACUAUGCGAAAACUGUUCAGCAAAUUGCUUAACAUGUUCAUCAGGUCGAACUUGCACGGAAUGUAAAGCAGGAUUCUAUUUAAAACCUUUUGACAACGAUGGAAAAAUCUGCCAUUCUUGUGCCGAAGGUUGCAGCGUGUGUUCUUCUAAAGACGAGUGUUAUCAGUGUGACACGGGAUACUUCAGGAACGGCGGGUGCAGAAAAUGUGCCAAAAACUGUACAAAAUGCAUAUCAGAAAAUGAAUGUCUGGAAUGUAACGACGGUUACUAUCAAAACGGCACAUUGUGCUUGGCAUGUCCUAGAGGGUUUUACUUGUUUGGAUCUGCUUGCUUAUCUUGUCCCGAUAACUGUGCCUCAUGUGAGAUGCAUUAUGAAUGCACUGAAUGCAAACCUGGAUAUUUUGGACGUACGUGUACACAAAAGUGCUAUCCUGGAUGCGUAGACGACGUAUGUGAUAAAGAAACGGGGAAGUGCAAUUGUGAAGGCAAUUAUAACAGUGAAUCAUGUAUGUCAUGUAAUCCUGGAAAAUUUGAACCGGCUUGUAAUCAAGAUUGCCAUGAAAAUUGUUGGACUUGUAAUUCAUAUGAAGACUGUACAAUGUGUGUUGAUGGGUAUUUUGGUGAAAGGUGCGAAUGGAAUUGCUCUACGGGAUGUUCGGAGAGUAGCUGUAACCCGAUAAAUGGUAUUUGCGAUAAAUGUAAGCCUUCAUAUUAUGGACAUAAAUGUGAAAUGAGUUGUCCAAGUGGGUGUUUAGACGACGUUUGCGACAGGGAAACAGGCGCCUGCUUUGAAUGUAAGCCUCCUGUCAAAUUGCCGAAUUGUACAAAUUGUGAGGAUGGGUAUUGGGGAAAGGACUGUAGAAAUCACUGUCCCAACAGCUGCCGUUCCUGUUUAUCCACUACGGAGUGCACAAAAUGCAAAGAUGGAUUUCACGGAGAAAUAUGUGAACAGAAAUGCUCAUAUGGUUGCUUGUCAGAUAUGUGUGAUCAAAACACAAGCGCAUGCUCCAAAAGCUGUAAAGUAAACUUUACCGGACCGUUCUGCAGUCGAUGUAUAUCUGGAAUGUAUGGACCUAAUUGUAGCGCAAUGUGUCCAGAGAACUGCUAUGGUGGAAUAUGUGAUACACGACAUGGGGAAUGCUGGCAAGGGUGCAUUCCUAAUUUUUUUGGCAAGUAUUGCAAUUCUUCAUGUCCAAGCAACUGUAAGAAAUGUACAUCAGAAACCUCCUGCCAGUCCUGUGAAGAUCAUUUUCCUGGAGGGCGUUGUCAUUUAACAUGCCCUAUUGGGUGUUUAGAUGGCAUGUGCCGGUCGAAUGGACAUUGCCAUGCAUGUAUUCCUGGUUACUAUGGAGAGUAUUGUAAUACACCAUGUAGUGAGAACUGCACUGCCUCCUUAUGCAAUAUAUCAGGUUAUUGCAACGAUUGUCAGCCCGGCUUUUUUGGUAUAUUUUGUUUUGAACAUUGUCCUGCAAAUUGUUUAUCCGGCGAGUGUUUGAGGAAUGGACAUUGUUAUUCCUGCUUACCUGGGUUUUACGGGUCCAGGUGUGACAGAGAUUGCCCCGAACAUUGUCAUUCCUGUACGGAUGAUACGUCGUGCAAGUCAUGUUUCAAUGGAUUUUAUGGUCAAUUUUGCCAAGAUAGAUGCAAUUACUGUAAAACAGGAACAUAUUGCAAUAUUGAUACUGGUGAUUGUCCAUUUUGUGAAGAUGGAUUUUAUGGCAACAAAUGCAAAUCGAAAUGUGAUACGAAAUGUCAAACUUGUAAUAGUUCUAGUGGUCAAAUGAAUGAAUGUUUAACUUGCAAUGUAGGUAGUUACGGACGAAAUAAAAGCAGUGGGUUUUAUCACUGCAGCACACGCUGCUCUAGAAACUGUAUGAAUACAACAUGUAAUGCUGACUAUGGCACAUGUGACUACGGCUGUAAACGAGGCUACUGGGGAGGACAGUGCGAGUUGAAAUGUCCCGCAAAUUGUCUUCACAGCGACUGUCACAGCGAUAAUGGUACUUGUAGGCAAGGGUGCUUAGUUGGUUUUAAUGGAGAAAAAUGCCAUUGUCCAGUGAACUGUAUAUGUUAUUUAAAUGGCACUUGUGCCAAGUGUAAGACUGUUUUUGAGAAUUUCGCUAAAAACGUGGUUGGCUUCUACGGAGAAGAUUGCAGUUAUUCAUGCAGCGAUAAUUGUCGCAACGUAACAUGCGAUAGAGAGACAGGAUCCUGCGACAAUGGAUGUCUAGAAGGUUUUAAAGGGGCCAUGUGUUCACAGGUAACAGAAAAAACAAUCGAGAUUACCUCCAGUACAACACGACAAAUUGGUUCUGUAAUACUGCUUGUAUCCGUGGUAAUACUGACCAUCAGUAUAGUCCUGGUAGCUGUCAUACUGCUCAAAAGACGACAAAACCUCAAGCGAGAACGUGAAGUCAGUGGGAGGUUUGGAGAAGUUGUGACAUACAGACAAGUUAGAAGUACGUGUGACCGUUCGGAAGACAAUUCUUUAGGUCAUAUCUACGAAGAGCCAAUUGACCAUAUCUACGAUGAGCCAACUGAAGACCAGACUGAAGAAGGACCGUCAGCGAAAUUCAUACGAGGUCCAGUUAGUCAGGAAGGCAACAAAACAGGCAGUUACAUGUAUAUUCAUCCGAUAUAUUCUAUUUCCAAAAACACAGCAAUCGAUAACAAAAUAGUGUCGUCUGGUUGUAUAGAUAAAAGCGGAUCUGAAAAUUUGUAUGAGAUUUAAAUGUAAUGUUGACGUAAUUUUUUAUGUCAAAUUGGAAACACAUUAAACUUUUGAAUAUAAAUGCAGAAGAAGGCUUUAUACUCAUAACAUGUUUUGUGUAUCUAUUUUAUCAACGAAAUAAAAGCAUAGCUAUA